AUGGCAGGAAAUAAAGUGAUUUUGCAUUUGAGGGCCGAAACCAAGCCAAGAGAGGCCAGAGCUGCUCUUACCCCAAAGACGGUCAAGCAGCUGCUCGACACCGGUGACUUUGAAAUUUAUGUCGAAGAAGCACCACAGUCCACUUUCAAAACUGAGGAGUACCGCCAGGCUGGUGCCAAGAUUGUUCCCUUCGAGUCAUGGAAAACUGCACCAAGAAACAGAACCAUUAUCGGUUUGAAAGAGCUACCAGAGGAGCUCUUCCCGCUAGUGCACGACCACAUCCAGUUUGCCCACUGUUACAAAGACCAGGGCGGGUGGGAAGACGUGUUAUCAAGAUUCCCAUACGGUGGCGGUACGUUGUACGACUUGGAGUUCUUGGAGAAUGACCAAGGUAGAAGAGUCGCUGCGUUUGGCUACUACGCCGGGUUUGCCGGUGCUGCUCUGGGAGUUUUAGAUUGGUCGUUUAAACAGCUCAACUCUGAUUCGAAAAACCUUCCUGGUGUCACUCCUUAUCCAAACGAGGACUUGUUGGUCAAGGACGUCAAGGCACAACUCAAAAAGGCAUACGCUAAAACCGGCAGAUACCCAACUGUGUUGGUGAUCGGUGCGUUGGGCAGAUGUGGUUCCGGUGCGAUUGACCUCUGUAAAAAGGUUGGCAUUCCAGAAUCGAAUCUUCUCAAAUGGGAUAUGAACGAGACCAAGAAGGGCGGACCUUUCAAGGAAAUUGCAAGUUCUGACAUCUUAAUCAACUGUAUCUACUUGUCCAAACCAAUUCCUCCUUUCAUCAACUACGACUUGUUGAACAAGGAUGACAGAAAGCUCAGAACUAUCGUCGAUGUAUCUGCAGACACGACGAAUCCACACAACCCUAUUCCAGUGUACACGAUUGCCACCCAAUUUGACGACCCUACCGUUCUCGUGGAGACCACCAAGGGCCCAAAGUUGUCUGUCAUUUCCAUCGACCAUUUGCCUUCGCUAUUGCCAAGAGAGGCAUCCGAGUUUUUUGCCAGAGACUUGCUGCCAUCCUUGAAGGAGUUGCCAAACAAAGACAAGGCUCUUGUGUGGGUCAAGGCCAAGAAGCUUUUUGACCACCACGUCAAGAGAUUGAACAAACCAAAACUCUAG